AUGAGUGACUGCUCCAAUGUCGAGCAGCUCGUUAAGGAGCUUGAUGAGCUUGUUGAUCAUUCUAAAUUAAAUGAUGAACUCCAGACCUUGGAAGGUUUCAUCAAUAAGAUGGAGGUAGAACGGGAGGCAGCACUAUCCACCAGCCAUCAACCGGUCCAGGAGGCUCCACCAUCCACCAGCCAUCAACCUGUCAUGUGGCUGAAGAGGGACAGUGAUGGAAAUGUUGUCUAUGACAGACCAAGAUCAGGCCGAAACCAAAUGGCUAGUCACAGCUACAGUCGCAAGACUGGUGCUCGUACUACAAUGUUGGACAGCAGCGUUGAGAGAACCAACUACUGUCCUCCUGACACUGUUGAGUCUUUCCUUGAAGAGCUAAACUACUCACAGGAUGAUGACAUGGAUGAUCAGGAAACAGCACCAGCACCACCACGAGCUUCCUUAGACUGGUCUACUCGAAGGAGUCUCCUCUCAGAGAGGUGGGCGAAAGAGAGACCCCGGCUGGUGAAUACCAUGGUGGCACAACAAAAUGCGGAAACUGGGAUCUGCCAACAGUGUGGCAGCAGUCCAGCUGCUGUCCGUUGUCGUGACUGCCGACCUCACCCACUCUUAUGUGCUGAGUGUGAUGUCAGUUUACACAGAAACCAGGUGUUCCACAACAGGGAUGCAACAAUAGCUGGAUUCUUUCAGCCAUUGCCUCCAACAACCUGUGUCGUGGACAGGGUUCUUUCCCAGUGUGUGUGUAUUUUGCCGUUGGAGAUGCCCGAGAAAAUAUGUACUUGUUCUCCGGGAACGUUGAGUGUCAACCCAGGAAAAGUUGUUGCUGUGGUUACAAUAAAUGGACGAUAUGAUCUCUCUAUGCCUGAGAUGAAAUGCGAGGCAUGCAAAGCCACUUGGAGUGCUGGAGUCGAUGACUUGGUCCGUAAUGACUACUGGCCUGCGACCCUUCACUUCUCCACGGUGUACUCUACCGAUGUGUUGCAUUCAUACGAAGAGUUGAAGAUGGCAGCACCAGGACUUUCCUGUCAAGCCUUUUUGCGAAUGCUUGAUCAACGAACUGUCCGCUUCGGCCGUACUGGGAAGAUCACAGCAGACAGCUUCAGAAAAAGCUUUUUGGAGUGGGAGGCUGUUCGAUUUGAGGUCGACAAGAUAUGCAGGGAGGAGCCUUUUGUCUGUCCUGCAUGCACCCCAGACAUGCUUGCCGUUUCAGUGGACGGAAAUCGCAAGCACUACCGCUUUAAGAAUGCAGCAAGAUCUGAGGAGCAAGCCUUAUUUGAUGGCAUCUUCAUUGCUAAAGAUGAUGAAGUAGAGAGAUUUGUGGAUUACAUUCAUUCUACCACCAACCAUGUCUCUGGAAGAGGUGUCUGUGGAGGGGAGUGGUCAGCAGCCAGAGAAACAUCUCAGAGAUCCAGGAGUAAAAUUGAUGAGGAGGGACUUGAGCUUGCGGUGUGUCGACAUGGAGUUUUUCUCAGCGCUCUCAACAUGUUUAGGGGAGAAAUCUACGCUUAUCCCCUCUACCUGCAGAACAAGCUGGCAAACAAGCCAAUAACCUUUUUUGCCAUGGAUGUUACAUGCAAGUACUGGCCCUACCUCAACAAAGUGGCAAAAAGCUGCCCGGAGCUCCAGCACCUUCUUGACAUGAAGCCAUUCCUGUCAGUGUUUCAUGCUAAAGCCCAUGACUUUAAAUGCGAGGCCACAAAAGGCCUGGAAAGCCGGCUUCAGGACCUGGAGGUCAUGAGAGUCCAACUGGCAGUGACACAGGUUGAAGUUGAGGGCUGGGUCACUGACGUAAAAGAGUGGGCAGAAGCAACAACAUCCCAAAAGAAUGCGGAUCUGGACGCGGUGACUAGUAGAUUGGAGGUGCUGGUGGCCAGCAUUAAAAGAAGGUCCCAGCGCCUUUACAAAGACACCGAUGGCAGCAAAGGUCGGGCCCGGAUGCGGCGCAAAAUCAGAGAGGAGAAGGCCAUUCUUGGCUCUGUUGCUGACAAAUACAACAGCAUGGUUCCAGAUGCAGAGAGAAUCACCUUCGACAGCAUUCUCUCUGAGGAGACAGUUUGGCCGUGGCAACUUUCCCAUGGUGGUAUGUAA